AUGGCCGAGAACCGCUCUGACUCCGAGGGUGCCUCACGCGCCAAGCGCCAGAAGAUGGACGCUGACCCCAAGAACAACCCUUACCUCGCUCACAUGUAUGAGGAUGAGAGCAGUUCCGACAACUCGGCCCUGUCCAAGUUCAAGCGACACCAGACGACCGCCGCGCUGGCAAAGAAGGCCGAGGACGGGGAAAUCAACCCCUUCAGUGGCCGCCCCUUCUCCAGCAAAUAUUUCUCGAUCCUGAAGGGCCGCCGUGACUUGCCAGUCCACCAGCAACGUGACGAGUUCCUGCAACUCUACCAGCAAUCUCAGAUUCUUGUCUUCGUUGGUGAGACCGGUUCCGGAAAGACUACACAGAUUCCCCAAUUCGUCCUCUACGAUGACCUUCCCCAAACUCAGGGCAAGAUGGUCGCCUGUACCCAGCCACGUCGUGUGGCUGCCAUGUCCGUCGCUCAGCGUGUCGCAGCAGAGAUGGAUGUCAAGCUUGGCGAGGAAGUUGGUUACAGCAUUCGUUUCGAGGAUAUGACUGGUCCCAAGACAAUCAUGAAGUACAUGACCGAUGGUAUGCUUCUGCGCGAGGCUAUGAACGAUCACAACCUGUCGCGCUACAGCACAAUCAUGCUGGAUGAGGCUCACGAGAGAACUAUGGCCACUGAUAUCCUGAUGGGUCUUCUGAAAGAGGUUGUCGUGCGUCGCCCUGACUUGAAGAUCAUCAUCAUGUCUGCUACUUUGGAUGCGCAAAAGUUCCAGCGCUACUUCAUGGACGCCCCACUUCUCGCCGUCCCUGGUCGUACCCACCCCGUCGAGAUCUUCUACACCCCCGAGCCGGAACAGGAUUACGUUGAAGCCGCGGUGCGCACUGUACUGCAGAUCCACGCCACGGAAGGCGAGGGUGACAUUCUUCUGUUCUUGACUGGUGAAGAAGAGAUCGAGGAUGCUUCGCGAAAAAUCGCACUUGAAGGAGACGAGAUGACUCGAGAGGCCGAUGCGGGCCCUCUCAAGGUCUAUCCUUUGUACGGUAGUCUGCCACCACACAUGCAGCAGCGCAUCUUCGAUCCUGCGCCCCCUCCACGCCGUCCUGGUGGCCGUCCCGGACGCAAGGUCAUUGUUUCUACCAACAUCGCUGAAACAUCUCUGACCAUUGAUGGUAUCGUUUACGUGGUGGAUCCCGGAUUCUCCAAGCAAAAGAUCUACAACCCCCGCAUUCGAGUCGAGUCUCUCCUGGUUUCCCCUAUUUCCAAGGCUUCCGCCCAGCAACGUGCCGGUCGUGCCGGUCGUACACGCCCCGGAAAGUGUUUCCGUCUAUACACCGAGGGAGCAUUCAAGAAGGAGUUGAUCGAGUCCACCUAUCCCGAAAUUCUUCGAUCUAACUUGUCAUCAACGGUGCUUGAAUUAAAGAAGCUUGGUAUCGAUGACCUUGUUCACUUUGACUUGAUGGACCCGCCUGCGCCAGAGACUUUGAUGCGAGCCCUGGAAGAACUUAACUACCUGGCUUGUUUGGAUGACGAUGGAAACCUCACUCAAUUGGGUCGUCUGGCCUCUGAGUUCCCUCUUGACCCAGCGCUCGCGGUUAUGCUCAUCUCCUCUCCUGAAUUCUACUGUUCGAACGAGAUCUUGUCUAUCACUGCUCUCCUGUCUGUGCCGCAGGUCUUCACUCGUCCGGCUGCCCAACGGAAGCGCGCCGACGAGAUGAAGGAACUCUUCAAGCAUCCCGAUGGAGACCACCUCACAAUGCUGAACGUUUACCACGCAUACCGCGGAAAUGACGCACAGGCAAAUGCUAAGCAGUGGUGCCAUGACCACUUCCUCUCUCUGCGAUCUCUGCAAUCCGCCGACAAUGUGCGCUCCCAGCUGCUCCGUAUCAUGGAGCGUGAAGAUCUCGAGAUGAUCUCCACUCCCUUCGAAGAUAAGAAGUACUACGAGAACAUCCGUCGCGCUCUUUGCGCAGGUUUCUUCAUGCAAGUCGCCAAGAAGGAUACCGGUGGCAAGAGCCAGUACCUCACCAUCAAAGACAACCAGAACGUUCUCGUGCAUCCCUCUACCAUGCUGGCCCAUGAGGCUGAGUGGGUCUUGUAUAACGAGUUCGUCCUCACAUCAAAGAACUAUAUCCGUACCGUGACUGCAAUCAAGCCUGAGUGGCUCUUGGACAUUGCCCCCACCUACUACGAUAUUCAAAGUUUCCCCAAGGGAGACAUGCGCUCAGCUCUCGUCCGUGCUGCUGAGCGCCUCUCGCGCAAGGAGAAGAUGCGCGCGGAGAAGCGUCGAUAG